CGCUGGCUGUCACUUUUGAAUAUGUACACAGAUAACCUAAAUUUAACGAUUAAUAUUGUAUCGUGUUAAAGGAUUUGUGUAAAAUAAAUUGGUGGUGUUCGAUAAUCACAAAGAAGUUAAUAGUGUGCUUCCGUCCAAGUUAAACUGAUUGGGAAGGAAUAGAUAAUCGAAAUUUCCACGAGCGAAAACGAAUGUCGACCGUGAUCCUGUUGAGCGAUUCAGAUGAUCCUGCGUCACCUAUCGACAAACACAAGGCGAAUGGAUGUAUCAAUGAAAUUAACGAGAAAUGUGAUUCCGACGUUACGAGCGAUAUUGAUCUCCCGGAGGUACCGUUCUGUCUCAGAAACGAUGAAAAUCUUUCCGAUUUGGAAGUCAACGGUGAUCCCAAGCGCGCGUAUCACAAAUCGUCGAAUGCCAUGUCCGAUUCUUACGAUUCCGAGGAAGAUCAAGUCAGGAAGGCAUCGCAAAAAAUAACCGCGUCCAAGAAGGACAAGAUCGCGUUGAAAGAAGAACGACUGAAACGACAGCAAGCUCUGGCGAGGCAGAAAGCGUUACGGACGAUCGCCUCGAAGAAAUCGCGCGACAUGAAGCCUGGGGAAUGCAUGAAAUUCAUGGAAGUUAAUCUCGAUCAAGGUAUCGACGCGAUCUCUUGUACGGAAAUUCAAAAUGUAUUGCGAAAUGCUAACAUUCAUUUUAAUGUAACCAGCGAAUUAAUCCCGAACAGUAUCACCUGGCGACGAAAUGUCGAGGAGAGCUAUAUCGAUGAGAAUAACGAAGUGCGCGUGAGGAAAAGUGUACAGACGGAAAAGUAUACUGUGGUUAUUUGGAGCAACUAUGAAGCUGUGAAACAUGUAACAAACGGUACUCUCUGUGCAUCCAUUUCAAGCUGCAAGGCCUUGAAAUCAAAUUACAAUAUGACUCUAGUUAUUUUUGGUAUGGAAGAAUAUUUCACAUAUCAUAAGAAGGCCAAAGGGAAGUCAGGCCAGCAUUCUGGAAGUAAAGAAUCAAGAUGUAAGAGCAAAGGUAAUCAGCGAUUUGAAACUUUCCCCAUUAUAUCCAGGCAACAACUUGAAAUGUGUCUGACUGAAGCACAAAUAGUAAUGAAAUGUAGCAGCAGAUUAAUCGAGAAUGUACAGGAUUUAGCAUUAAUGAUCUAUCAGUAUACAAAAUCUAUUUCGGAGGUGCCAUAUAAAUUACAGAAGAAGGAAAAUCUGGAAAAUAAGUUUGACUGGUAUGUUAUGGGAGACAACAGGAAUACUGUACGUGUAAAUAAAAAUGGAAAUGGAUUGAAGAGAUUGUGGCAGCAGCAGCUAAGUCAAUUCAAUUUGAGCAGCUUGGAAAUAGCAGAGGCAAUAUGCACUGUUUAUUCAAGCCCAGCAAAACUUAUCAAGGCUUACAGGAACUGCACACCUGAAGAGGGUAUGAAUUUGUUGAAAGAUAUACCAAUCAGAAGAGCAGCGGGACCCCUCACGGCUGUACGUAAAGUUGGUCCGGAGUUAAGCAAAAAGAUGUAUGUGAUGUUCACGUCGCAAGACGGAGACGCUCUACUGGGAACAGAGGAUUAAGCCGCGAGCUCGUAUAACAAUUCUAUCUAUAUGAAGCAGUCGAGUAUGAACUCUACGAUCGCAUUUCACCUACGUCGUUGAAGACGGACUGCUCUGGCUGCGUCUCGUCCAACUUCGUCUCGUCUAAAAUAUCCGCCAGACAAUCGUCGUCGGCGAGGGUCAUGGGUGACGUUGGAUCUAUCGCAGACGUGGACACGUACUUGC